UUGGUGAUGCCAUCUGUGCUCACAAAAUAAAGAAGCUUGACCCGUCCCGUACUUAUUAGUUAUUAACGUUGUCAUUUGAAAAAUAAGUAAAUAUAAAACAGAAGAAGAAGAAAAGAGAUAGAAGCAGCAGCACACGGAAAUGACAUCACUCAAAAAGCUGCACACAGCUUCAAUGGAGCUGGAGUUGAAGUGGUAGUUUCUAGUUCCUACAAACACAGAAGACAGAACUAGUAUAUAUAUAUAUAUUGAAUUUGUUUCUCUUGGCUCGGGAGAAGAAGUGAUGGCUGAGGCAGUGGUGGUUCCCAACAAGAACAAGGAGAGCAGCCUCCUCCUGGGCCGCUUCGAGAUAGGAAAGCUCCUGGGCCACGGAACCUUCGCGAAGGUGUACCACGCGCGCAACAUCAAGACCGGUGAGGGCGUCGCCAUCAAGGUCAUCGACAAGGAGAAGAUCCUCAAGAGCGGCCUCGUCUCCCACAUCAAGCGCGAGAUCUCCAUCCUCCGCCGCGUCCGCCACCCUAACAUCGUCCAGCUCUUCGAAGUCAUGGCCACCAAAUCCAAGAUCUACUUCGUCAUGGAGUACGUCCGCGGCGGCGAGCUCUUCAACAAGGUCGCCAAAGGCCGCCUCAAGGAAGACCUCACUCGAAAGUAUUUCCAGCAACUCAUCUCCGCCGUCUCCUUCUGCCACAACAGAGGCGUCUUCCACCGCGACCUCAAACCGGAGAAUCUCUUGCUGGACGAGAACGGCGACCUUAAGGUCUCCGAUUUCGGCCUGAGCGCCGUUUCUGAUCAGAUUAGGCAGGAUGGCUUGUUCCACACCUUUUGCGGAACCCCUGCUUACGUGGCACCUGAGGUUCUUGCGAGGAAGGGUUACGACGCAGCGAAGGUUGAUAUCUGGUCUUGUGGCGUCGUUUUGUUCGUUCUGAUGGCUGGCUAUUUACCUUUCCAUGAUCGCAACGUUAUGGCUAUGUAUAAGAAGAUCUACAAGGGCGAGUUUCGCUGUCCUAGGUGGUUUUCCCCCGAAUUGUCCAGGCUUGUUGCUAAGCUUCUUGAUACUAAUCCUGACAGGAGGAUUUCCAUUCCCGACAUCAUGGAGAAUCGCUGGUUCAAGAAAGGCUUUAAGCAGAUUAAGUUCCAUAUUGAGGAUGACAAUAAGGUUGUUCAGCACGUUGCUGGUGGUGGUAAUGAUGCUGAUUCUUCAUCUGAUUUGUCAGAAACAGAUGAGUUUGAGGCCGAGGAAAGUGCCAGGAGGAGGAGGAGGAACAGCGCUUUGUUGCCGCGGCCGGCGAGUUUGAAUGCGUUUGAUAUCAUAUCGUUUUCUCCUGGUUUUGAUCUCUCUGGCUUGUUUGAGGAGAAGGGUGACGAGGCGAGGUUUGUUUCCGGUGCGCCGGUUUCCAAGAUCAUAUCGAAAUUGGAGGAAAUUGCUCAGUUGGUGAGCUUCACGGUGAGGAAGAAGGACUGCAGGGUAAGUUUGGAAGGUUCCAGAGAAGGCGUGAAGGGGCCACUUACCAUUGCUGCUGAGAUUUUUGAGUUGACGCCUUCUUUGGUUGUGGUGGAGGUGAAGAAGAAAGGAGGGGAUAGAGAGGAGUAUGAGAGGUUCUGCAACACUGAAUUGAAGCCAGGGUUGCAGAAUUUGACGGUUGAGGACGAAUCCCAACCUCAGUCUCACUCAGAAACUGCAACUGCAUCUUCUUCGCCAUUACCUUCACCCACUGAUGAACUCUCUCAACUGCGUACGCUUUCUGACUCUGCAAUCCACUUACCUUCUGAACUUGAAUCUUUGAACCUAGAUACAUGAAGAGAGCAUGCGUUACCUUUUUGUUCUUUUUUUUUUGUGUGUAUGGUAAAUUUUCAGGAUUUAUAUCCUGCUUUUUUUAGGUUUUCUCCUGCAUUUCCCUGUAAGAAGGCUAAUCUACGAUAUAGUGAAAGGAUGAGCACACGUUUCCACAUUACUUGGCUUAAUUGGCAGAUUCAUGUGUAACUUUGUAACAUCUAUUAGUUUUUCAUUCUUUAUUAGUUUAUUGUAGUUAAUGUGAAAAGAAUAAGAAACCAAUUUCCCGUUAA